UGUGAAGCGUCUUCACAGAGGCAUCUGGGUAGAGAUAUGUGUCGAGAUAAAAUAAAUCUUUAAUUUAAUCAGACAGAAAAUAACAAAAACAUUAACUUAAUCGCUCUCUGUAGGGUCGAUAUCGUAAGUUGAAGCAGGAAAGUGCGGUGGAGAAUGAGCUGCAGGGUUACUACAGUGACGUUGCGUCCUUCCGCCGCUUCACUCAUAUAAAGCCUUGGAGAGGACAAACCCCAGCAGAAAAGACAAAGGCAGUGGGGGGGUUUCUAUCAAUAAGUUGGCUGGCAUUAGUGCUUUUCAUUGUUAUAUAAUUGUUUAACCUUCUUUAUAGAGUCUAGUUUUUGAAAUUUAAUUGACUCAGUUUUAGGAAGGAAGAGCAAUCAUCGCACCUGCCCUCGGGAGAAGACCAUUCGUGUACCGGGGCAGGACCAAGCCACACAUUUACACUCACUGAGAGACAGCAAGAGUUGUUUUCAUUCUAGAAAGAACAAUCUCUGUCAUAUUUACAGAAACUGUACACGUUUAACCGUACACCAAGAGAAAUCACAGUAGCCUAUCCCUGGACUAUUACAGCCAUAUCAAAAUAUAAAGUGACAGCUGAUUGUACGGAAUAUCAGUCGAAGCGUUAUUUUAAAGGACGAAAUGACUCCAGUUCUAAUCUCUGUCAAAGGCUUCUUCACUUUCCAGCUGCUUCUUAAUUUCUUCUCAAGUGGGUUGGUAGAGGGAUCUCUUCUGCCUGAUCCACAGCUGAUUCCUGCCGGAGACACACACCUACAGCGUGUUGGUGACACACUCACACUCACCUGCAGAGGAUCAACAUCCCUGCAGUGGAGACUGGCUAACAGAAAUGUGUCAUCGGUACGGAUUGAGCCAUGCGAGGAGAGAAUGCACAAGCACUGCAGCAAGCUGGUUAUACACAACCUGAUGUACAACGACACUGGCUUCUACACAUGCAGCGGUCACCAAAAGUCUAUGGAUCAUGAGGUGUCAACAUAUGUUUUCGUUGAAGAUCACAAUCAUCCGUUUGUGGAGGCUAACAAUUCACCAAACCUGCUUUUUGCAUAUCGGAACGAACCUUUUCUCGUGGUCCCAUGCAGAACAACAUCCCCAAAUCAAAGUGUUAUCCUUGAGACUAUGAAUCCUAUGUCAGAUCAUGUAAAAAGUGAGGUGGAGUGGGAUCCAAAGAGAGGAUUCAAGAUUCCCUUGAAACCUGAAGACAGCUACCAACUGAUUAUAUGUACGACCAGUGUGGAUAACAAAACAUUUUCACUGGUCUACAUCCUCAUAAGGCAAACGUUGGAGCUGAAAAACACUGCCAUCGAACCAGAACGACCAAAAUUAUUGGUCGGUGACACCCUGGUCCUCAGCUGCUCUGCAGAGACCACUUACAACGGCAGAAUUGACUUUGAGUGGCAGUUCCCUAAGAGUCGGAUCAAUCGCACUCACCAUUAUAACAAGACAAGGGACCAACCUGGCAAAGUCAUCAUGAUGACUAACACAUUAAUCGUGCCUAAUGUGACAAUGGAGGACAAUGGCACUUAUGUGUGCAUAUCAUCAAAUGAAGAGAAAAGGAUUGAAGUUUCAACUAUAGUUACUAUAUACAAGCAUCCAUUCCUUAAUGUGACCCAUGAUAAACGCAACUUUAUCUCUACUGUAGAGGAUAGAAAGGUGCAGUUUGAGCCACGGGUCAAUGCCUUGCCUGCACCAGACAGAGUGUUGUGGUACAAAGAUGGAGUUGCCAUUUCAGAAAAUUCCACAUGUUAUGAGACAGCCGGCUACAACCUCACCAUAAAACAAGUGAGGCAGAAGGAUGCUGGGAUUUUCACUAUCGCUCUGUCGAACCUGGAGAAGGGUCUCUACAGAAACCUCAGCUACAAGCUGGAAGUCAGAGUGAAGCCAAAUAUCUUUGAGGAGGAUGUGGCUCCAGGUGGCCUACAAACUUACAAAUAUAAUGAGGGGCACCAGCUCAGCUGCACUGCAUUUGGUGUUCCCAUGCCAAACAUUACCUGGUUUUGGGAACCUUGUGACCCCAGACCUCAUCUUACAGAGUGCAAACCAUACACUGACCCUCUUCCUGUUGGAGAUGCCACUGAGUCACACAACCAUUAUCCUCAUAAUCUGAUUAAGGAUGUCACCAGCAAGGUUGAAUUAUUGAAAAGUAAAAAUAAGACUGUAAGCACUCUGGUGGUGGAAAAAGCUAAUGUGUCUGGAUUCUACUACUGUACAGCAAAGAAUGAACUUGGGAACCAGACUAUGAGAAUCCCCUUCUCAGUGCAUAGAGAAGAGAGUAAACCAAAUAUUGAGGUGAUCAUUUUAGUGUCUACUGGAGCAGCGGCAACAUUUCUUUGGAUAAUGCUUAUUCUCUUAAUCCGUAAACUAAGAAAGCCAAGUUCAGCAGAUUUGAAGACAGGGUACCUGUCCAUCAUCAUGGAUCCUGACCAGAUGCCCCUUGAUGAGCAGUGUGAUCGUCUGCCCUAUGACAGCAGCAAAUGGGAGUUUCCCAGAGACCGCCUCAGACUCGGUAAAACUGUGGGCCAUGGAGCAUUUGGAAAAGUUGUAGAGGCCUCUGCAUUUGGCAUAGACAAGAUUUCUACUUGCAAAACGGUGGCAGUGAAAAUGCUGAAAGCGGGAGCUACAAAUAACGAGUGGAGAGCUUUAAUGUCUGAACUGAAGAUUCUGAUCCACAUCGGUCAUCAUCUCAACGUGGUCAAUCUGCUCGGAGCCUGCACAAAGCGCGGAGAUCCGCUAAUGAUCAUCGUGGAAUACUGCAAGUAUGGAAAUCUUUCCAACUACUUGAGAAGUAGGAGGGGUGACUUUGUGGUUCACAGAUCUCAGGACUCUAAGGCUCUGCAUUCCAGCUCCGGGUGUGAUCUGAGCGAGCUCAUCAAGCACAGGUUGGAGAGUGUGGCCAGCACUGGAAGUUCAACCAGCUCCGGCUUCAUUGAAGAUAAGAGCUACUGUGACUCGGAGGAAGAGGAGGAAGAGCAAGAGGAUUUGUAUAAGAAAGUGCUCACUCUGGAAGACUUGAUUUGCUACAGCUUUCAAGUGGCUAAAGGCAUGGAGUUCUUGGCUUCAAGAAAAUGUAUUCACCGCGAUCUGGCCGCACGUAACAUCCUGUUGUCUGAAAACAACGUAGUAAAGAUUUGCGAUUUUGGACUUGCAAGAGAUGUAUACAAGGACCCAGACUAUGUCCGCAAAGGAGACGCCAGACUUCCCUUAAAGUGGAUGGCUCCAGAGGCAAUAUUUGACAAGCUCUAUACCACUCAGAGUGAUGUGUGGUCUUUUGGAGUGCUUAUGUGGGAGAUCUUCUCUCUUGGUGCCUCCCCUUACCCUGGCUUACACAUUGAUGAGGAAUUCUGCUGCCGACUGAAGGAGGGCACCAGGAUGAAAGCCCCUGAAUAUGCCUCCUCUGAAAUAUAUCAAACCAUGUUAGAAUGCUGGCAUGGAGAACCAUCCAAGAGGCCCACUUUCACAGAGCUGGUAGAGAAGCUAGGAGAUCUGCUACAAGCUAGUGUACAACAGGAGGGAAAGCACUACAUCCCGAUCAACACAGCCAUAUUGACCAAAGCAGACCCCUCAAACAUGAGCCCCACAAAGGAGACCUCCACCAGACCUGCCUCUCUUAGAGACUCUGGGACAGCUUGGAACAAGAAGAUCCGUCCAGCGAGUGUGAAGACCUUUGAUGAAGUAAUCAUGGAGAAUGGAACCAACAAGAUCCAUGAGGAAGGGCAGUCAGACAGUGGAAUAACUCUAUCUUCAGAUGACCUGAAGACACUGACGCGUCUGGAUUCACUGGCCAGAUCCCAGAGUUUUAUGGCCCGAGUGAUGAAGAGCAAAAGUAAGGAGUCAGUUCUGCUGGAGGACGAAAAGGAGAAAUACCCACUACUUGUUCCCUCACUGUACUUGAGUCUAGAGGACUCCUCUCUCGACCCAGAGCUGGAAUGUCAUAGCCCACCUCCAGACUAUAACUAUGUGGUCCGCUACUCCACACCACCCGUCUGAGCUGAUCUCCACUCUUUAGUCGCCAGAAGUUUCCCCAUUUUUUGGAGGAUCUGAUUGGUUGGGUCUAUUUUAUCUCUGCACAUUAGAUCGGUUUUAUAUUUCCCCCCACUUCUUUCCAUUCCACUUUAUCCUGACACUGGAAUGGUCACUCAGAG